AUGGUGUCUAAACUGAGCCAGCUGCAGACGGAGCUUCUGGCGGCCCUGCUCGAGUCAGGCCUGAGCAAAGAGGCGCUGAUCCAGGCCUUGGGGGAGCCGGGGCCCUACCUGCUGGCCGGAGAUGGCCCCCCGGACAAGGGGGAGUCCCGCGGCGGUGGCGGUCGGGCGGAGCUGGCCGAGCUGCCCAAUGGGCUGGGGGAGGCAAGGGGCUCCGAGGACGAGACGGACGACGAUGGGGAAGACUUCACGCCGCCCAUCCUCAAAGAGCUGGAGAACCUCAGCCCCGAGGAGGCGGCCCACCAGAAGGCCGUGGUGGAGACCCUGCUGCAGGAGGACCCGUGGCGCGUGGCCAAGAUGGUCAAGUCCUACCUGCAGCAGCACAACAUCCCACAGAGGGAGGUAGUCGACACCACCGGCCUCAACCAGUCGCACCUGUCCCAGCACCUCAACAAGGGCACCCCCAUGAAGACACAGAAGCGAGCGGCCCUGUACACCUGGUACGUCCGCAAGCAGCGAGAGGUGGCCCAGCCGCACGCCUGGAGUGGGAGCAGCGCCCAGCCUCAGCACCUCACUUCCCUGCCCUCCUUGGCCCUCAUCACCCCAGACCGCACUGAAAUGGCCACUCAUGAGCCUCCAGGCCAGGCUCAGAGGAACCCUCUCCUGGGGCUGGAGGUGGCGAAGAGAGUUCUGAGCGGCCUGGAACAGGAUCUGCUGGGAGGCUGGGCCCCACUUAAAACGGUUCCUCCGCCCCUUCUUGGUCGGCAGCUCAUCACCUGUGGGCUCUUCAAUCAGCCCACCCUGCCCUGCGUGGGUGAACUCUGCCUGGCCUCCACUCAGGCACAGAGCGUGCCGGUCAUCAACAGCAUGGGCAGCAGCCUGACCACCCUGCAGCCAGUCCAGUUCUCCCAGCCACUGCACCCUUCCUACCAGCAGCCACUCAUGCCCCCCAUGCAGAGCCACGUGGCCCAGAGUCCCUUCAUGGCCACCAUGGCCCAGCUGCAGAGCCCCCACGCCCUCUACAGCCACAAGCCUGAGGUGGCCCAGUACACCCACACGGGCCUGCUUCCGCAGACCAUGCUCAUCACCGACACCACCAACCUGAGUGCUCUGGCCAGCCUCACGCCCACCAAGCAGGUCUUCGCCUCAGACACGGAGGCCUCCAGUGAAUCCGGGCUGCAUACGCCGGCGUCUCAGACCACCACCAUCCACAUCCCCAGCCAGGACCCCGCCGGCAUCCAGCCCCUGCAGCCCACCCACCGGCUCAGCGCCAGCCCCACCGUGUCCUCCAGCAGCCUGGUGUUGUACCAGAGCUCCGACUCCAAUGACGGCCACAGCCACCUGCUGCCAUCCAACCACAGUGUCAUCGAGACCUUCAUUUCCACACAGAUGGCUUCAUCUUCCCAGUAA